GCUAUUUGUAUUCAAGUUUCACUUUUUAAUUUAUAUUGUUAGAUUAUUUAGCUACUUUAAUUUAUACUCCGUAUUAUAACUUAAAUAAAGAUUAUAUUUUUAGUUACUUGAUCUAAAAAUUGGAAGGCAUGCCAAUUUUUCCAAUUUUUAGUCAUUGCAAUUUAUUGUAAGUAAAUUCAUUCUACUUAACUCUUCAUUAUUUCAUUUGAAUUUAGUCAUUUAAUUUUCAAGUGCGGGUAAUUUUAUUUUAUUCAUUUCAAUCAUCAAGCAUUUCUUUUAGUUUAAUUACAAUAGUCCUGAAUCACGAGAUUAGGCUGAUUUAUUUUAAACCCUUAGUAAUUAUAAUUUGAUUAAUUCAGAUACAGUUGAUAUCCACUGUAAUUGCAAGUAAUUUUAAUUUAGUUUUUCCUAAUUGAGCUGCAAUCUUGCUUAACAAGAUCCACCCCCUACCUAAAAGUGAGAAUUAAGUACAAUAUAGAUGAAAUCGCGACCGGUUUAAAGAAAUUGCAGUGGGAAAUGAUAGGCUUUAGGAUGCUUAGUUUCUUGUGAUUUUUUUAAAAAACAUUCUAGGUGGAGAUGUGUGAUGUGUACUGUAUUGAUUAUGGGAUUUCGCAUUGCUGUAAUUUUUUUUUUUUUUUUUUGACGGGAAGAAAAUAUUAUCAUUCAAGAAUAGCCAUACGUUGUCUAAAAUAAUAGCAUUGAUAUGUAACCCACAAAUUUAGAGAAAAUAACAUAACUUUAACAAUCAAAAUCGUAUUCCCUCUGUAUUUACAAUUGCUAUGUAAAGUCUUUUGCCUGCAUGUUGUCUCGUUGAUUAAAUUUAUGUUCAAGUGUUCAACGUUGAUCCAUCAUAAGAUUUUAUAGGUCUGUUACAAUGAGCUAACUUGAUCUGAUUUGGAGACCCUUAGCCUGAACUAGGUUAUUGUGUUUUUGCAACAUCGGUGAUAAAUACAGCUAUGGAUGGUAGAUUGGAGGCAGAGGUGUUGUUAACUUCUUUGCAAGGAAUGAGUGAUUCUGAGUUCUCUUCACAAGAUUCUGCAGAUGAAGAAUUGUACAGUGAAGCAGGUUCCCAAACCAGAUUGCAAUUCAGGAGUGUUGUCUUUAAGGCUUGUUGGAAAGAUGAAUUGGGUAUGGCUGAGAUCAUGAAACACAAGGGCAAUUUGUUGAAAUCGAUGGGGAUCAAUCGUAAUGGCAAGAUAUAUCUAUCAAUUGAAGAGACAUUGUUUUUAGUACAAAUAGGGGCAUUGCUUCUUGUUGAUGAUAAAAAUACUGCACUUUCUUUAAGAGAGAUCUAUCCAAAAGUUGCAGAAGAUAAGAGUGGUUGCAGUUGGGAAGGUUUCAAAAUAUAUCAGCAUCUUAAGUCUCUUGGCUACAUUGUAGGGAGGCUUGGCACUCCAUGGAGCCUGAAGAGCAUAAAGAAUUGCACACUGGUUCCUGAUAAUACAUCUGAAAACAACAAUGCGACACAAAUGAUAGUUGCUGGGACUUCCAUUGUUCAGUCAUUGAAAAAUUUACAACUCGAGGAAGCAAGUCCUAUUUCUGAAGAUGCUCUUCCGAACUAUUUUGAGAAGAGAUUUCUUGAAGAAUCAAAAUUUAUUGCCCAUUUACCCGUUUAUGAAGUUUAUCUUCCAAACAGCCAGUUCAAGAAGACAUGCCCUGGAGAUCCAAAUUUUGUUGUCUAUCCUACCAGUGGCCAUCCACCUUCACUAUCUGAUAUCAAAGUGCUGGAGAGACAAAGCAAUGGACUUCCCAUAAAAGUUGGUCAUGUAGAUGAUGGACGAGUUAGUUUGUUCUCCUUUGACAAAAUGGAGCUUCCUGUCCUACCGUGAUGACACGAAUUGUAGUUUCUAAGCACAAGGUAGAGGAAAUGUUAUAGAAUUUUUGCCCUGAUUUUAUGAUCUCAGAACAUUUCCUCCUUUUUUCUUUGUUAUAUCGCAGAAGCCUUGGUGGAAUCCACAAACCAACCCCUCUGCCAUUCAGUGGUUAGUUGUAGGUUUUGGUGGAGCCGUGUUGGUGGUUUGGUUUAGGCGCUGUAGUGGUGGCCGUGGAGAGAAGAGGAAGUGCAGGAGAGGUCUAGUGGGGAUGGCGAGGUGGCAUGGCGGGCUGAAGGCAGUGGUGCAUGUAGUGUUGGUGGUGGCUGGCAGUUGUGGUCAGAUGCAUGGGAUGAUGGUGACAAGAUAUCAAUUCACCUCUCCUUGAAAGCCUAACAAUGACAAUUUAGAUAUAGGCAAAUCUAAAGUUAGGCUAGGUUAAUAUGUAGUUCAAUUGCAAAUUAAAUUUGUACUAGAGCUGACAUUAUGAUGAAUAUAAUGUGAUUGCGCGUUUUAGUUUGGAUAAA